GUGGAGCUAUAUGUAAGUUAUUGUGAAAUGUUUUCAAGAUGGAUUCUCCUACACCCAUGAAAACACAACACAGGGGGAUGUACCCUGUUGACUAUCCGGCUGCUGAAAGCAGUCUGUUUAGCUCUGUAUCUGAGGACUGCAUGGCGGCGCUGGGAUCAGACCACCUGCAUGGACAGGCCAAGUUCCAAACUCCACAGGCAUCCAAGGUGGAGGUAACACAGAGCAACAUGGUCAGGCUACAGGUGUUUGAGGACCAGGCCUGCUUUCUUCUAGCUCUACACGCCUCUGAGGACGACGCUCAGGGUCCAGCUCUACACGCCUCUGAAGACGACGCUAAGGGUCCAGCUCUACACGCCUCUGAGGACGACGCUCAGGGUCCAGCUCAACACCCCUCUGAGGAUAACGCUCAGGGUCCAGCUCUACACGCCUCUGAGGACGACGCUCAGGGUCCAGCUCAACACGCCUCUGAGGACGACGCUCAGGGUCCAGCUCAACACCCCUCUGAGGACGACGCUCAGGGUCCAGCUCAACACGCCUCUGAGGACGACGCUCAGGGUCCAGCUCAACACCCCUCUGAGGACGACGCUCAGGGUCCAGCUCAACACGCCUCUGAGGACGACGCUCAGGGUCCAGCUCAACACGCCUCUGAGGACGACGCUCAGGGUCCAGCUCAACACGCCUCUGAGGACGACGCUCAGGGUCCAGCUCAACACGCCUCUGAGGACGACGCUCAGGUGGUGGCCCUGCAUCUGCAUGGCCGGUGGUGGACCGUGGACGACGUGUUGAAGACCAGCCAGGACAGAAGCGGCCUUGUGUUGGUGCAGUCUGAGGUGGAAAGAGUGAUUCUGUUCCUGCUCAGCCAGCGUGUUGGAGAGAAGCUACCGGAAGAGGAGACUGUAUUCUCGCCUCACCCCAGGAUGGAGAUGAGUAAAAUCUUCUGGCUCAACAAAGAAGCAGUGGGAUUCUACACAGUCAAGCAGAAAGGAAGUCUAUGUGAUGGCUGCACCAGUCAGAGUUAUGUACUUCCUGUCCUGGACACAGUGCUGGUGAGGGCUCAUGCAAGGAGGCGUGGCCUGGGCCUGCAAAUGCUUGAGGAUUUCUGCUCCUCUUUUCCCAGUGAGGAGACACUGGGAGUCAGCGCUCCAAUAUCAGACAGCAUGGCUGCAGUGUGCAGGAAGUACCUUCAGCUUCAUCCCAGCCAAAAGGAGCGGCUGUAUGAGGUGGAGCCCCCUGGAGGCUGGGGGCAAAUACGCAACAUCUGGCUCAACAUCCAGCUGCGACGAUGCGCUAACGACGACAAGAAGAGAGCAGGAGAGAAGAGAGCAGGAGAAGAGGAGGAGGAGAGGAAGCAAACAGGGGGAGAGAUGGAGGACAUGGGUGUGACAGCAGCACUGUUAUCUGACUCCAAACGGAUCAGACUUUUAGAUCAAACCUAGAGAUGAAGUCGUGGAUUUGGUGUCAGGAGGAAGGCGGUGAAGCCCCUGGUGGUCUGGUGUGAUCCCUGUCUGCUGUCCUGUGGCCUGGCCUUCUCCACAGGCACAUAGAGAAGACAACCACACCAGACCCUGCUGCUGGGGGGCCCCCAGUGGUCUGGUGGGAUCCCUGUCUGCUGUCCUGUGGCCUGGCCUUCUCCACAGGCACAUACAGAAGACAACCACACCAGACCCUGCUGCUGGGGGCGGCGGGGCCAGCAAUGUCCCUCUUCAUUUUUGUAGCUGCAAUUUAACAUCAUGAGUUUGGACAGUUCUGGCAUCAAGCUGAUUAAGGUUCUUAGUCUAUGGGCAUACUUACCAUUCUGAACAAGAUGUUCUAUUUAGUUUUCACUUUCUGCCCCGUUCUCUUCUCCCCACUCGAGAUAUUGCUGUUUCAAAGUGUGCCCCCAAUUAAAGUUUAAUUUGUUGAAACCAUUCAUUAAAUACAUAUUAAACAAGU